CGGCAAUCGCGCGCCAACCUCUGCCGCGGGAGGGCGCCGCCGACGCCCGUCGCGUUCCUAUAUCACGCACGUGCUUGCUACUACAACGUUAUCGUGUAUCGGUGUGAGUGACUGCCCGUUGAAUUAUUCCGUGUCAAUACGCCUCCGCCUCUGCCGGUGCGAUGCGUGUCUAGCAUACGUAUCGCACGAUUGGUUGUCGUGUGUAAAUGAAUAUGUUUGUUCUUGGGCAUUAUUGUUGUUCCCGAGGGAUCGGCGGCGAUUGAUAUCGCUCACGGAUGUGGUAUUAAUAUUAAUUUUGAACGUGCCUUAUCAUUAUUAUUGAAUAUACUAAAACGGAACUCUUGUUCGGCGCAAGAUUCUCAGCCGUUCUUAUUAGAUUCUAUUAUACUUCAUAUCCUUUUGAAUUGUUGUCAAUAUUGUAAGAAGCGCGCGUAACACACAAGAACCCCUCGUUCAAGGAUAAUUUAUAUUAAUAUUUAUUAAUCCGGUCUGAACGCAUUUGUUAUGAUGGCUGUUUGUACUUUAUUGUACUGUACCGUUGACCAAAAUGAGAGUGAAGAUAAUAUAUUACCGGAGAUACAUAUUCAUAACAUACCUGCCGUACAAAGCGUCGACGUUUGAUUGAUAGCACCUACUUUUAGCUGUUUCGGCGGUUGUAUAAGUAAUUGAAAAGAAGCCGAAUGCGAAUACGACUCGCCGCUGGGUAGGCUGACGCACACACAGCUAGUGGUAUGCCAGUGUGCGUCGGUUAUUAGUGGCACAGGAAGCGGUGUCGAUUUUAGGGAAGGUUACAUUAGGAACGGUUCACAGUUCAGCGUUCGAAAAUGGGUUAACCGGGCUUUUUGGGAUGUCGCUCAAAAUUGAAAAGCGAUGGUUCUGACUGACUCUUUAUUGUGAAAGAUGAAGGAAUAGAACAGUGUGACAAAAUGGAUGACAGUUCACCGGACUUGUCGCUGAAAUUGCGACGAGGGUCCAGCGACUCUCGCGAGUCGUUUUACAUGGACUUCGCGCAAGGUAUCGACUCGGACAUCGAAGAGGUGACGACGAUUGAGCGUGUGAUUCCUGAGCAUCCGGGAGGGAGGACGGAGGGUGAUGCCGACACUCUGGCGACGCCGUCUGGUCUAGAGGAGAACAAGGAGUUGGGACAAUGUUGCUACUCUAUUCCGGCGAACAACAUGUCGGGUGGAUCUCACGUCUCCCGCGCCACGUUUGGCGGCGCAGACUCUGAGAUCUCUGGUGGUAGUGCCCCGCCCUUACCGAGUCCAGCGUCUGCGGGGGCUGCGCUGGUGUCUCCAGAAACACUGAGCCGCCACAGCAGCCCUCCACCGCUACCACCACACCCUUCGCAUCAACAACCAGCACCGUCUUGUUCUUCCCAUAGAGUGCACCUGGAGUCCCCUUUGAGAUUAUCGAGUCCUCCAUCGAUGUCCCUGGGUGGUUCGCUGUCUCUCCAGCCAGUGCUGUACGGGCCGGGUGGACCAUCGCACGCACCACUGCCCCCGUCCAGACGCCUGUCCCGACCAUCUGCAGCUAUACAACAUAUGCAUGUGAUUAGCGCAAGCGACGCGUUAGCCACAACACUGUCGGCUCUCUACGGGAAGCUGCUCGUUGUUAUGGGCAUCGCCUUCCCCAUGGCUGAGGUCAUCUCCACAUACAUUCCACCCUCAUUCUAUGAGGGUUUCUACCUAUACCUGUACAUCGGCAGUAUGGUGUUCCUCCUGUACAUGUAUGCAGCCCUCGCGAGGGACAGGUCAAGGUCAUCAGCUCCAGACACUACAGUUGUUGCAAAAUCAGACUCAAGUUCAUCUCCAUCGGAGUCUGACUCCUGUUCAUCUCGCACGGAGCGGAGCACGGCCACGGCAGCCCACAUACCUCCACACCUGGCUGCCAAACGACUGUCAUUGGGCUUCGCGCUGGCGUCACGCACACAUCACUACGGGACAUUCGGUAUCGGUUCCAUGAUCUACUCAGGUCUGGAGUUUGGUCAGUAUUGGGAGUUGGAGAGGAACACCAAUUGCCAUAACGUUUUGUUGGCCCUAACACCGGCCACCAGGAUGGCAUUCAUCUUUAUACAGAUGUACUUCAUUUUUCUUAAUAACGAGAUGAAAGUGUACAAGCAUAAGAUUGUAGCCCGGUUUGGCCUGAUGCAUAUGGUUGGCACCAACCUCAGUGUUUGGCUCAACGUACUGGUUCAAGAAACGAAACACGAAAUCCUAACUUUCUACGAUCCGGAGAACAAAACUAUUGGACUGUCACAUCGACUUGCGUUCCAAAAGGCGUUUGCGUCGUUGACAACCGACGUGCCCCCAUCUCAUCCAGCAGCUGCCCACCUUCGCGUCCCAAGAGGUCUCAAGGGCCCUCACCACAUCUUCGAGUGCCGUCGAACAAACAUCAUGGGGUCCCUCGUCCAGGAUGCAUCUCCAUUCCUCUUCCCUUGUACCAUCGAAUACUCUCUCAUCUGCGCUGCCAUCCUUUACGUCAUGUGGAAGAACAUUUCCAAAUACCCAUCGAAAGACGUUGCGGCAGCUAUAGUCAAAGCUCGUAUACUAGAAGGUCUCGCCUACAAAAAAUCCCCACAUUUGUACAGCGUCGACUGUGCACGAGCUCACAAAGGCCUCUUCUUCGGAAUCCUAGUUUUGGUAUUAACUAUAAUAUCAUUGAUACUUUUCUUUGUUUUGGUGUCAAAGAAAGAUUAUGCGACCCUCGCAGUAGUUGAAGUCAACGUUUGUGAGUUAGCAUUGUAUGCUAUGACAACAUUUGCUAGUUUAGCGGGAAUGGUCUGUGUCAGGAAGCUAAAGUAUGAUGGAAACCGAAAUCUUGAGCUAGAUAAUAUCCUUCUGGUAGGAGCUCAAACUGGAAUGUUCAUCUACGGAACUUUCACAAUUAUUGGAGGUCAUUUUACAAUAGAGAAGAAUACUAUUCUCAUAUUGAUAACAGCUUUGUCCUCCUUGAUCCAGACUACAUGUCAAACCAUGUUUAUUCUCGAUGCGAGUCGAAGAUCAGCGAAGACAGCCGAACAGUUGCGGAAAAAGCCUGGAAGAGAAAUUGUGACGUUCUUAUUGGUGACGAAUUUGGCAAUGUGGGCGAUAAAUACGCUGGAGAAGUCCAGAGCAGAAUCUCAUCCUGUGCAGCUCCAUUUCUAUGGGUUGUGGGCUUGGACGAUCAUCACUCAUGUGUCGAUGCCUCUGGCUAUCUUCUACAGGUUCCACUCGACAGUGUGCCUGUGCGAGAUAUGGAAACGAGCGUACAAGAUGAAGCCUGCUUACAUGUAGCGACCGGCUCGGAGGUACUGGAGCACAGCGCUGUCUUUCAGGGUGUGAACCGUGGUACUUUCGGAAUCAUACAUGUAGACAUGUGGUAGUUGGAUGUUAGUGCCAUAGUCUCAGCUAAUGCAGUGGACACAGAGCGAAUACAAUAAUAAGAUAUGAGUACCAUGUCCUACCGACUCAUUAGAUGUAGUGGAAGGUUUCAUCUGUUCAGUGUUCACUAGCCACAUCGUUUGAAAGUUGACUGCUGUAAUGUUAAGUUAUUGUAUUAAAAUAUUUUAAUGUGUUAUUUAUUUGUAGCUUUAUUAUACGCUUUAAUUAUCAUAGCGGAACUGAUGUUGAGACGCAGUAUUUCACAAUUAAACGGGUUGGAUUUUAUUGAUUUUAGCGCUUUACAUUUUAGAUGUGAAUUUUUCUGCAAGUUUUUAGUGUUAAAUGUAUUGUUAAUAUAUUAAAUGUGAACCUAUUAAUGGAUAAGUUAUGUGUUCAUAUUUCUUCUUGUUUACUUAGACGUACGUAGGAUCAGUUAGGGACUAGUUAGUAAGUAUUUGUAGAGAUUGUAUUCAUUCCACAUUCCACUAUAGCAGUUAUAUCUCUCAAUCGCCGAUGCGUAAUGUUUAUGAUGCACUUUGAUUCAAAACGAAAGUCUUCCAUUAGGUUACAUUGUUUUAUACGUUCCUUUUACAACAUUUUCUGUUUCAGCUACGUAUAUAUAGCGCGUAUUAUUCCAUAGUACAGAGGGAACAAUAAAUUCUAUCGACCUAACGAUAUUUUUUUGAGAAUUUUUGACUUAAAAACAAUACAUGAUAAUAUUUGUUAUGAUAAUAAAGUACUUUUUACUAUGAAAAGCGAAAUAGUCUGAGCAGAUAUUAGAGAUUUUGUAGCGGAUAUUUUUGGGACAAAAGUGUAGUAGUGUCAGUAAUUUUUGAUAAAUUUUUAACUUGUAGCGAUACCUUGGACCCAGUAGUUAGGCAAAAUGUAACACCAAAGUCGUAUGGAUAAGAAAUUUUUGGAGCUUAUUAUGAGAGUAGUCCAGUCAUAGAUACAUUAAAUAUGGUCGCCAUGCAUCACGUUUUCAUUGUCUAUAGUUAUAGACUUAGCAAUUUCGUCCACUACUUAUGAAUAUUUCAAUUUCAUUUCGAAGACAUUAUACAAUGAUUUUGUAAUAACAUUUUAUAUUACUCUGUAGAGUUUGAUAGCAGAUGAGAUAAGUGAAUUGAAGAAUAACUUUGCAAGAUUUUUAUAACAGAUUUUAUUACAAAUUUAUUUAUUUUGAUAAAAAUCAAUCUUAUGAAUUUCGGACGCCUGAAGCCGCUACUAAAUAAUUGUUUAUAAUUCUCUAUAAUACUUAUGAAUUCAUAUUAAUAUAUUUUAUAUUUAAAAUCUUGCUCAAAUAUUGUAUGAUUACGAUUUGACUCAAUGACCAAAAUCAUGGAGUUUAUGUAA